UCCCGGCUCAGAACUGCUGGAGCAGCAUGUGGCCCCCGGGAGCCGGGGCCCAAGAUAUUCGGGCGGAGCCGAUGCAGCCAUCCUCGGAAUGCUACUAAGUGUCACUUGUCAUCCAAUCAAGGGGGCAUCUGAACCCCUGCUAGGCACCAGGUAUGGCUGUGGAGGAGCCUUGUUUCCAGCCUGGGGGCAUUACACCGCUACAGCAGAUUCUGGCCUCUGGUACAGGAGCUCUCAUUACCUCUUUCUUUGUUACACCACUGGAUGUAGUAAAGAUACAGCUGCAGGCACAGAGAAAGCCCUUCUCUAAAGGGCGUUGCUUUCUGUACUGCAAUGGACUGAUGGAUCACUUGUUUGUGUGCCAACAUGCCACUGCUUGCAGCACUUUGUACCGAACCCCCACACACUUCCACGGAACAGUGGAUGCAUUUGUGAAGAUCACACGCCAUGAAGGGUUAAAAUCUUUAUGGAGCGGGCUCCCACCCACACUGGUUAUGGCCAUACCUGCCACAAUUAUAUACUUCACAUGCUAUGACCAGCUGCGAGAUUUCAUGAGAUACCGACUUGGAUACCAGGGUAGCCACAUACCUCUCAUUGCUGGAGCACUUGCUCGAUUGGGAGCAGUCACAGUUAUCAGCCCUCUGGAGUUGAUCCAAACUAAACAACAGUCUCGCCAGCUGUCUUACAUAGAGCUGGGUGCCUGUCUGCGCUCUGCAGUCUAUCAGGAUGGGUGGUGCUCUCUUUGGAAGGGUUGGGGACCAACUGUGCUAAGAGAUGUCCCAUUUUCUGCUCUGUACUGGUUUAAUUACGAGUUGCUGAAGAGCAGACUGAAUGAAUCCUGUAGUGCCCUAGAGGCGCCAUUCCUGACUAGCUUUACUGCAGGAGCAGUUUCUGGAACUAUCGCUGCUAUUCUCACUUUGCCUUUUGAUGUGGUGAAGAUGCAGAGGCAGAUAGAACUUGGUGACAUAGAGACAGGUGCUUCCAGAAAGCAGAGGUCUACAACCUGGGGAGCCAUGUGCAGGAUCAAAGCAGAGUCUGGAACCAGGGGAUUAUUUGCAGGGUUUCUCCCUCGAAUUAUUAAGGUGGCCCCAGCCUGUGCUAUCAUGAUCAGCUCUUAUGAAUUUGGAAAGAACUUCUUCCAACAACAGAACAUGGAGAAAUGGAGAAGGUGCAGAACCAGUGAUUUAUAA